UGACAGCUCUGUUGUUCUGUGUCAAAACUAGUCAUCAAAACUGUCAAGUUCGUUGGCUGGAUGGGAAUUUGAUUUGCCUCCUGGUUUGUCGGUAUUUUGAAGGAAAUUGUAAAUUUUUAAAUUAUGGCCCCCUAUAAAAUUGUUAUGGUUCGGCAUGGCGAAUCAGAAUGGAACGAGAAAAAUUUAUUCUGUGGGUGGUAUGAUGCAAAUUUAAGUGAAAAAGGUAAACAGGAAGCAAUCAAUGCUGGAAAGGCACUUAAAGAUGCUGGCACUAAGUUUGACCUUGCUUAUACAUCCGUUCUCACCAGAGCCCAGAACACAUUGCAAGCCAUUUUGAAAGAGAUUGAUCAAACUGACUUACCGACCACCAAAACUUGGAGAUUGAACGAGAGACAUUAUGGUGGUCUGACAGGUCUCAACAAAGCGGAAACUGCUGCUAAGUAUGGGGAAGAACAAGUGGCAAUAUGGCGCCGUAGUUUUGACACACCUCCUCCACCCAUGGAACCAGAUCACCCUUAUUAUGAGAAUAUCGUUAAAGAUCCACGAUAUGCAGAGGGACCAGCACCAGACCAAUUUCCUAAAUUCGAAUCUCUGAAAUUGACAAUUGAACGUACACUGCCAUUUUGGAAUGAUACUAUUGUUCCACAAAUCAAAGCUGGGAAGCAGAUAUUGAUUGCUGCCCAUGGAAACAGUCUUCGUGGUAUCGUCAAACAUUUAGAUAACAUGUCAGAGGAAGCAAUUAUGAAACUCAAUCUUCCAACCGGCAUUCCGUUUGUUUACACUCUGGAUGAAAAUCUGAAACCAAUUAAAAGCUUGGAAUUUUUGGGUGAUCCAGAAACUGUCAAGAAAGCAAUGGAAGCUGUAGCUGCCCAAGGAAAGGCCAAAUAGUAAUUGAUGCUAGUGAUUGUUCAAACAUGUUUUAUUUAUAUAAAUGAUUAGGACUAUAUGUGUAAAAUCGAAUUUUAUUGAAAAAUGAAUGUUAGUUUGUGACUGCCAAAUAAAAGAAGUUGAAACAUAA